UCUAAAAUCAAGUGUUGUUCUUUCGAUAUCUCGAUUCUCGAUCACAGAUUGAGUGCAGACGCUGAGCAGACACAUCACAUCUUUACACCUGUCAUCUGAGUCAAACUUAAAAUUGAAUGUUUUGUUUUAUAAUCCCAAUAAAAUAGCGUUUGCUUGUUUUGAGCAGUUAUAAUAGAAAAUUUAUGUGAGACUCAAUUUAUUAUAAUUAUCAUGGCUGAUGUUGAAAUAGAUGUUAGUGGUUCAAUAGAUACUCCAGUCGAAAGCCAAGAGAAGAGGUUAGCCAAUUUAUUACCGAUACCAGGUCACAUCAAAGAAUGGAUUGUUUUGAGGAGACAGAAUAUUCGUGGCUGGACAGUCUUCUUCAACACAAACCACUACAAGCCACCCCUCAAUUUUCAGCUGCUUACAAAACGAUUUCCUCGUAAUUUGGAAUACUUUCUGAGCAACUACAUUAUUAUCUUCACAAUAUUGACGGUCUAUUGUUUAUUAACGUCAUUUCUGCUGAUGCUAGCAGUCUGUGUGAGCCUGGGAGCUUGCUACAUUCUGUCGCUGAAGAGUGCCGAACAUCCAAUCAAACUGUUCGGACGAGAAUUGACCAAACAACAGCAAUACACUUUGGUCGGAAUCGUUUCAAUGCCUGUCUAUUACUGGGCAGGAGCCGGUGCCGCUGUUUUCUGGGUCCUAGGUGCCUCGUUCUUUGCAGUCACACUGCAUGCUACAUUUUUCAACAUCUCGGCGCUUCAACUAUCAACUGACGAUCACUUUGAUCUUAUUCUUCAAGAAGUCUGAUAGUAGCUACGUUAUCACUUCAAGACACUGUGUGUACAGACUGUAAAUUCUUGUAAAUUGUUAAUUUUUGUGAUUGUUUUCAUAUUUAAUCCUUUGAUUAAAGCCUACCAUCUUAAUCGCUGCUAUUCUAUUCAAACUCAAUAAAAUUUUGUAAAUAAA